AUGGCUUCCAAAAAAGCAGCCCGUCGAAGAACCCCGGCCUCAGCACCGUGUCCCAAAUGUGGGCGGUUCUUUUCGCGGAAUGAUUCUCUAAAUCGCCAUCUCAAAACUCACACCAGUCACAUUGAUCAACGGCCAUUCCAUCGAAUACUGAGCAACGAAAAGUUUCGGGCGUGUAAGAAUUGCCGUCGACUGAAGACGCGCUGCACUGGCAGCCUCCCCUGCUCUAGAUGCGAACAAUCGGGCGUCAAUUGUCACUAUGGUCAAAAGCCUGAUGAUCAACAGCCAGCAUCUGCAACAAGCCCCUCGGUCACGCCGCAGCCAUCCGAACCCCGGCGGACGCUCUCAAACACGCAUGCUCAAGCAGGUCCUUCCCGGCGAGCCACUCUGGAUGUCGAGGAACCAGUUGUUGAUCCGGUCCUCACUGCGCCGGAAAAUAUUUCCUUAGAUGCUGUCAAAAGCCCUGAGGGCACAGUUGACGCGAUGCCGGGUCCCUCACCGGAGAGCACGACGGCUAUGUUGCGUCUCAGCCUCGAUGCAGAUGCCGAUGCUCGAGCCUUACUUUUCAACGACGACAAAGAGUUCCCAAUCAUUCAGUCGACCUAUGUAUCACCGACGAUGUAUAUCUUGGACCCUUAUUCCUACAAGCUACCUUCCUUGGCCGACUCUCGAGAAGCGCCUACACCGAGCAGUCAACCACUUGCACAUUGCCGAUACGCCGUCCUGCAAUACCUCUCACCUUUCAUGGACCGAGAAUUUAGCUCGAAUCUUGCAUGCGACCUGCUGGACACGUAUUUCUCCAGUGCAUUUUCUAGCCGAAUGCACCCGACGUGCUACCACAUCCACAACUUCAUCCUGCGCAAGUGUGACGUCCUCGAUCCGGUACACCCACGCAAAACACACCCUGCCCUGCUGGGAAGUAUGUUGUUUGUUGCUGCACUGAGCGACAAAGCCCUGGGUCUCUUUAGCGGACCUGAAGAACGAGACCGUGUCUGCAAAUAUCUCAGUCUCCUCACCUAUCGACUCCUCAAUCCCUCCAGAUACGAGCCACUCCUCAAUCAGGAAGAUCUUGGUCUGCCUCCAGCUUUCCCCUCGGAUAUCGGUUGGACCAACGACGACCUCCUGCGGGCAUUCGACCCUCAACAGCUGACUGAUGGCCUCCCUGUCGCCUGGGGCACCGAUUACAUCAUUGCUCUCAUCCACGUCUCCUCCGUCAUCUCCGGCUCGGAGAAGAAGGCUGCAUCGAUCAGAUGGUGGUCGGUUGCUUUCAAUCUGGCGAGGGAUCUCAAGCUUAAUCAAGAAGUCGAGUCUUUCAUCAUGCCACAGGACCACGGAGACGCUCAUCCAAAUGUGAAUUGCAAAUGCUCCUUGGGCCAGGAUGCCUCCGAAGACCUCAUAGGCGAAGUCCAUCGUGAAGAAAGACGGCGGACAUGGUACAUGCUGUAUCUGAUGGACAGACAUUUGGCCCUGUGCUAUAAUCAUUCUCUGACCUUGCUUGAGGCCGAAUGCAAGGAUUUGUUGUUGCCCCUCGACGACGUGACUUGGCAAUCUGGGAUCCAGCCACACAGCCAUGGCACUCGUGCUGACGGUCCGAGAUGCAUGUUGCUUCCGGCGGGCACAGGAAGACUCCAUGGACCUCCACGAACGUGCUCGGGCCCUGGUCUCUUCGAGUUCUUUCUACCCCUUAUGACCAUUACUGGACAUUUAUUGGACUACAACCGAGCCAAAAGCAACCCUGUUCUCGCAUCGGCAGGUUCUACAAUGUGGAUUUCUCAAGAACGCAGGAUACUCCAGGAAUUGGACCAAUAUCAGGAGAGCUUGGAAAGGCUUACCAUCACUCCUGCCCGUGAGGCUGCUUCGGAGAAGGGAUCUCCCUGGACAACGUCGCCUGCCGCUCUAACCGAUGAUGUUGAGGCCAACCAUAUUAUCAACACGUUCUCUGCUUAUGCAACUCACAUUUGCUUUGUGCUGAAAAUCCUGGUUGGCAGCAAGUGGGAUCCUGUGUCGCUGUUUAACGAUGACGACUUCUUCACGUCGUCUGAAUCAUUCAAAAGCUCGAUGUCGCAUACGAUGAUGGCAGCACAGUGUGUGACUCAGAUCAUUGAACAUGAUCCCGAUGUCACCUUCAUGCCAUAUUUCUUUGGUAUUCAGUUGCUUCACGGCAGCCUUCUGCUCCUGCUUGUCGCGUAUCGGUUGCAAGCAGAUUCAGGUACCGCCAUCCUGGCUGCUUGCGAAGCCGUCAUUCGGGCGACCGAGGCCUGCUUUGUGACUCUUCCUACGGACUAUCAGCGACAAUUUCGAAACGUAAUGAGAUCUGCCAUUGCCCUGGCGAAGGGCAGAAGGAACAACCCCAGCGACACGGAAAAGCAAUUGACGUUUGUUCUUGCUAGGUAUCGGUGGUCUAGAAAUGGGGCUGGACUUGCUCGUUGA